AUGGACGCUCUGAAGAAAGGAUUCUCCAUGGCGAAGGGCGGAGUGGUGUCCGCUGCCGAGAAGACGAAGGCCGGCGUGGAGGAGGCCGCCACCAAGACCAAGGAGGGGGUCAUCUUUGUUGGAAACAAGACGAUGGAGGGAGUCGUGACCGGAGUCAACUCAGUUUCCCAGAAGUCGACUGAACAGGCGAACGUUGUGGCCGACUCUGCCGUCACCGGGGCCAACGAAGUCGCCCAGGCCGCGGUGGAGGGGGUGGAGCAUGCAGCUGUGGCGAGCGGAUUCGUCAGCUCGGAGGAGGCGGGACCAGUGGCUGAGGAGGCCGACCUUCCAAAGACAGAAGCUGAAGGACAAAGCGAAGCCGGCGCACAGUAG